AUGUCGCAUAGUGUUGGAGAAUCGAAGCAAUUUGAGAGAGCAGUGGAGAGUGUAGCGGUCCAAAAAGAGGCGAUUGAUAUCAAACGAGCGCCCGUGGCUCCCUUGUGUAAGCGUUCUCCCGCGAGCUCGCCGCUACCUGACGUCAGUGAACAGGCUAGCCCGAGUAGAAGCGGACCCAGGUCCCAGGACAAGGUGUUCACCACCGAUGUCCCUGCGCAUGGCGUCAUCUGCAAAUUGACCGACAGGUUUUCCACUGGCGGGACUGGUGAAUAUCUCUAUCUCUACCACACGAAACCUGACACCGGAGUCAAUGACCCAGAACUCAAUGAGAGUCGAGAAGUUCUUCCUGGCCGAGUACUAGCAGCGCCAGACUCCAUCGGGCGCUUAUCGGUCUGGCCUCUGUUAGAGAACGCUUCAAAUGUCGCUCGACAACGAGGCCACUGGCAUACGGGUGGAGCCUUUUCAACGUUCGCAUAUGGAACAUCAUAUUUUUUCACCAAGUAUAGUGUACGUUAUGAUAUCUAG